AUGGCGCCAGCCCGCAGCCAGGGGGGCCCGGGCCUGCAGCUGGUUUAUGUCAACAGCUUCGGCUCCCACCGCUGCGGCUCCGUCAUCCGCUACAGCAGGGCUGGUCGGCAGGCUGGGGCGGGCUGGGAUGGGUCCCCUCCUUCCCAGCCAAGCCACGCGGGGGAGGUCGGGGGGCUGAGGGCUGCCCUGGUCCCUGGGGACGAGGCUGACCCUGGGCUGCCCGGCGCUGGCGGCAGGGCUGAGGCUGUCAGCCACCGUCGUGGUCACCUGCGAGAGGAUAAGCCUGACACCUUUGACUUUCCCUUCCCUUCAAGAAAUGUUGAUAAAGUAAUUAAACGAAAGAAACAAAAGUCCAAAGUCUGGUCUAAGGUCUGGAAAGUAAUUUCAAAAAUGGUUGAAGAAAAUGAGAAGUUCAGAAGUCGGCUCUCGACUUGCAGUCGACGUAAUGGAAAAGGCAAUAAUAUGAAUGGAAGUUCAAAGAAUGCAGCAUCCUACCUGGACAGGGUAUGUAUGUAGUUCAUUCAUUGCCAAGCAAGCUUAGAUGCCAACAACAAAAAAUCACAUUAAAAAGACACGCUGAUAUUUUUUA